ACAUAACCUUUUUCUUUAGUCUAAUUUAGUGUAAAUCGCCAUGCCAAUAAGUCCAGGUCUGGUUCAAUUUUGCAACUGUAGAAUUCUAUAUCAUGGAGAAAUAUUACGUGAAGACUUUUGGGUUAGAAAUGGAAAAAUUAUGAAUCCAGAAAAGUUGUUUUAUGAUGAAAAGGUGACAGCUGAAAAGCAAAUAGAUUGUGAUAACAUGUUGAUUGUUCCUGGAUAUAUUGAUGUUCAAAUAAACGGUGGUUUUGGAUACGAUUUUUCUUCCAACAUUGAAGUAUUUAGUGAAGGAUUAGAUGUUGUCUCAAAAGGGCUCCUUCAACAUGGUGUCACUUCAUUCUGUCCAACUCUUGUGACGUCUCCUGUUAAUGUAUACAGACAGGUGUUACCGAAACUGAAAAGAAGACCUGGUGGCAAGCAUGGUGCUGAAAUAAUUGGUGCUCAUUGUGAGGGUCCAUUCAUUAAUUGCAAAAAAAAGGGUGCCCAUGAUGAAUCGUACAUCAAAACAGACGUCAGUGACGGAUUGGACUCGUUUAUUAAUACCUAUGGAUCGUUGGAGAAUGUCUCUAUUAUUACCGUUGCACCUGAAAUACCUGGCAUAAACGAUUGCAUCAAACAAUUGGUGGAGAAAAACAUCGUUGUGUCUAUUGGACACAGUAUGGGUAACCUAACAGAUGGAGAGAAAUCAGUUUGCAACGGUGCGUCUUUUAUAACACAUUUAUUCAAUGCCAUGUUACCAUUCCAUCAUCGUGAUCCUGGAAUUGUUGGCGUACUCACAAGUUUGAUCACACCGAAGCAAGCCUUUUACGGGUUGAUAUCCGAUGGUAUACACACGCAUCCUACUGCUCUUCGUAUUGCGCAGAGGAGUCAUCCAAAAGGUAUUGUCCUCAUCACUGAUGCAAUUGCUGCCCUGGGAUUGCCACCAGGGGAGCACAAAUUGGGCACUAUGGAUUUGGUGAUAGAUGACAAGGUUGCAAGAAUAAAGGGUACUGAUACACUGGCGGGAAGUAUUUCCAGUAUGGAUAAAUGUGUACGGCAUUUCAAGAAAGGAGCAGGUUGUGGUGUGGUGGAAGCGAUAGAGGCUGCGACUCUGCAUCCUGCACAAAUGCUUGUAAUCACCGACAGAAAAGGAACACUCGAUCAUGAUACAGAUGCUGAUUUUAUAUUCUUAGAUGAUAAUUUAGCCGUCCACGCAACUUUUAUAGCAGGAGAGCCCGUCUGGAUCAAUGAAAACUCUCCAAUGGCUAAAUUGAACAACUUUUAUAAGUAGUCUUGAUUUAUGGUCAUAGUUUAAAAUUGCUGUGUGAGUGAGCUUGCAUGUAUGUUGUGAAAUUUUAUUUUUGAUGAGUGUAUAUCUUUUAGAAUAUUUUUAGACUUAUUGAAAUUAUUGUUUAGUUAGGAGUUAGAUCGUUAUCGUUCGCUUUUAAUUUUUAUUCUUUUUAUCUUUAUACAUACUGUUUAAAAUACGAAGGUUUGAUUGUUAGACUUAAUUUUACUGAAAUUUUUAUAAUGAUUUUACCGUUUUAUUAAUGCAGGUAUGCCCCUUUGAAUGCAUUCAUCAAGUGUAUACGUUUUUCUACAAACUGAAUUAUUUUUUACUGAAUUUACCGACAUAAGGACACUCCUUUUUCCCGCCAUAGUGGCUUCUUUUAGCGAAAAUAACUUUGAAUGUUUUUUUCGGAUUGAAUAGAUAGAUUGUGCUCAAAUUAAGUGUGGCGUGAAAUCACGGAGAGUCUGUGAAACUGUGUGGUUUUGUUUUACUGUUGUAAAUUUGAAUGUAUACCUUAUAUUUGGCAGUCAUAGAUGGCUAAAUUAAAGUAAACUUUAGGAGUUUCCAUAUAUUACAUAAAUUGGUGAAACAAAUGAUAUAAAAACUUUUUGAUAACACUUCUGGUUUCAAAUUUUAGCACGACUUGGAUAAGCUUUGAAUGUUGAAAAAAGUCUUUUAGCAAAGUUUAAUGCUUUUGAAAAUACGUUUAUGAACACUGCCAGGUAAAAGAUACGCUUCAAUUCCCUUUUAUAAUUCCAUUCCUUCGUGUUCCCUUCCCAUUAUUUUUUUAUAAUGUAUGUACCUCCUUGGUAUGUUGUUUACCGCGACGCGAUACAACACUACCAAAAUAUUUUAUGUGUGAAUAUUUUUUUUGUGUAUAAUAUUUAUGAUGGAUUUUCUCACAUGUCAAGUUUUUAUUUGUGUAAUAGCUACCCUCAUUGGAAACCAGGCUUUGGAUAAAUGUAAUUAUUUUUCGUCAACCAGGUUUUUUAACGGUUGCGAAUGUGUCGAGUUUAAAAACACGAGAAUAAUAUGCUGGUUUGUAUGGAUUAUGCUGUGGACGAAUUUUAAAAAUGUGAAGGAAGGAGGUUUAAAAAAUCUUUAAACCACCUUGAGUAAAGAGAAUAAAAGUGUUACAGCGUA